AUGGAAACUAGCUUCGCACAGCAUUACACGAAAUUUGCUGGUUUCGGGUUCCCCUUAAUCCCCGCGGACUUAAAAAUCUCCAUAACGCGUUAUUUAGAUUGUAAAGAAGUUCGAAUAUCGCAAUUUACUCAUAAUACUCCAGGGGAUGACUGGGUGUACGGUUUCUCAAAGACACCCCGAAUUAUCUGUGAAAGUAAGUGCAAAUAUAAAAAAAAAGUCGCGCAUACAUCACAGCCAAAGAUAUCAACAAUUACAUGGACCGUCUUGAAAAAAGUUUGGCUGGUAACCUCACGUAUUUAUAACCACGAUGAAACAAAUCUAACAGACGAGCCCGGAACUAAAAAUGUUAUUAGUAAAAAAGGGUCAAAAUAUGUAGAACAAAUUUGUAACUACAGCAAGAGCGCUAUUUCUCUAAUGUUUUGUGAAAAUGCAGAGAGGUAUUUAAUUCCUGCUUACGUUGUCUAUAAGGCAAAAUCGUUAUGA